AGUUUUGUCACUCUCUUCUUCGCAAGCCACAGAGAACGGCGUUCACUUUUUCUCCUCUCGCACGAGCGGACUCGCUUUUAGCAACGCCUUCAUUGGAAGAGGUGUUGCUAGGGGCCUACAUCCCGCCUUCCUCGACGAGCCAAAGAGAGGAAACAACUCCAUUCAGCCCCACCAUCCGCCCCCCGCCUCUCCGUGUGCCUGUCUGUCUGGCAGGCGGCUCCGCCAAGUCUGAUCCGCGCCAUCGCGGGCUUUUGGGGGCAAGCACGGAGCAGAUCGGAGGUUUCGUCCCGGUCGAUGUGGGAGCCGAACUCCGCGCUGUCAGGAGCUGUAAGGACGAGCCGGAGGGAGAGGUUUCAUUGCAGCAAGUGCAGCACUGUUGCCCGCCUUGUCUGCUUCCCCCCGGGCGGGGGAGAAAAAUUAGACUAGGUUGUGCAGAACAAGAUUGACGGGAAGGAAGGAGACUCAGGGGUGGGAGAAAGGAGUUGAGUGGAUGGCUCAGAAAAUUCAGGUGAUGGAGAAAAAGCCUUGGAGGCUCAAAGGAGAGGCUCUGCUUUUAAGGGAGGGAGGGACGGUGGAGUGUCUGCUGGGGGCAGAGAUUGAAAUGUUGCACCCGAUGAAGAACAUAUACUGUGAACAUUAUGGGGAUUUCUGAGCCAGUGAACUGUAAAUCUGACCAGGGUUUACGGAGACAUUGUCACUGGAAUAAUAGAAGUUUGCCACCUUGAAAGUACUUACACAGAAAAAGAUUCACCUUGUUUUGAAACAGCCAAGUUUUAAAGUACCUUAAAAUAUGUAUGAAAAAUAGUUAGAAGUGCAGCUCUGAGAAUGUUCCCAGCAGAUACCGUCUACAGGACAGUCCUAUGUAUAUUUUCUGCCUAAACUACCUGAGAUAUGAAAACCUUAUCUUCCCUGAUUCCUGCCUAACGGUUGGCCAUAAAAAGUUCAUUGGGAAAAUUAGAUUAUCUUUACAUUUUGGCAAAUUACUAAAGACAGCAAUGGAGCGAUUUGAUGUAAAGCCACCUCCUUCCCGGAGCCGUUCAAAGACUGCUUUAUACGUGACCCCUCAGGAUCGUGUAACUGAAUUUGGCAGUGAACUGUAUGAAGACGGGGGGAAACUGUAUUGCAGUUUUUGCAAUGUAGUCCUGAAUCAUGUUCGCAAGUCUGCAAUCAACGACCAUCUCAAAUCCAAAACGCACACCAAACGUAAGGGAGAGUUUGAAGAGCAAAGUGUCAGGAAGAAACCACGGACUCUGACUGCCUCGCUGCAGUGUAACAGCGCAACCCAGACAGAAAAGCCCAGUGUAGUCCAGGACUUUGUAAAAAUGUUUCUGGAAGCUAGCAUUCCCCUUGAGAAGGCUGAUCAUCCAGCUGUACGAGCAUUUCUCUCUCGCCAUGUGAAGAAUGGGAACUCCAUACCCAAGGCCGACCAGCUGAGGAAAAUCUAUUUGUCUGACGGGUUUACAAAUCAGCUUAUCAAAUCUGAAGAACACUGAGAGGGGAGCCACUUGGUUCUAGGUGUCAAGUGUUACAAUUGCAUAGCAGUGAUGUGGUUUAUUUUUAUAUUCAUGCACAUGCGAUGUUAUAUAAUAGGUUUUGUAUUGUAUCUGACAAUCUGUCUCAGAAUGCAAUGGUGUACAACCAAGAGUUGAUGGCUAUAGAAUAAGAGUGUAGCACUAGGUUGCUGAACUUUGGGAGGGUGGGAAGGGCAGGAAGUGGCAGGUAGGUGCCAUAUUGCUUAGUUUGUAACCCCAGUCCUGAAUAGCAUAGAAAAUUUCCUCUGAUUGCUUCUUUUACAGUAUCUGAUAUUUGUAAGUGAACAAAGUAGGUAUGGUUACACCCAAGUGUUUAAUUUGGGGCUUUAGUACUAAACAUGUAUACAUAUGUAUCUUAUUUAUUAGGCCCAUAUUCUCAGUAUAAAUUUAUCUUCCAUUUAACUGUAUUUAGAAUUUCUGCAGUAUUCUUGAACUUUGAUUUCCAAUGCAGUUGCCACAGUUCUGCUGUGCAAACAGAUAUUCCAAAUUGGCUAGUUGUUUAAUUCUCUGUAAUUACAUACAAUGUAAAAUAACUGACUCUUGCACAGCUCACAUAAAUGCCAAUGCACUUUACAAUAAAGGCGAAGCAUAGCACCUGCAUUUAAUUUUUUAUUUUUAUGAGCAUCCUACUUAUACCCAGAGUUCCUGAAAGCAAAAAUAUAUGAGGUACUUGGCAGAAGUAAAGAAAGGUUUUGCAAGAUUUUAAUUAUACUACAAUUAAUCAGAGGAAGUUGUAGGUCUCUGAGAAUAGAGCUAUGUAAGCAGUUACAUAUUGAUGGCGGGGGGUUGCAAACAAUGCCUCUCGGGAUUUUUCUGACAUGGUAUUUUUGUUUCUUACAGUCAGCCUUCAGAAUUCUCUUGAAUAACUUUUUUUUUUAAAUCUGUCUGAAUAUCUAAUAUGUUUGAACAUUGCUCUGCUUGGACCUGUGUGAAUUUGCUAGUGUGAAACAGAUUUACUGAUAUCUUUUCCUUCAAUACAUGUUUCCUUUUCUUGUUUAAAGUUUUUUGCUGGGAGCAUAUGAUUAUUGAUAAUUUAAUUCUUGAUUAAAAUAUUCUUCAUGUGUUACUAGCAGCAAUGUAUAAUUUUGCCUAAGUUAAACACAAUUUAUUUAAAUAGUGGUUAAAUCCUAUUGAUUUCAAUAUUUGUUAUAUAAAACCUGUUAAAUUUUGUACAAAAAAAAAGGUUAAUGUUCACUAGAUCAUGCCCCAGAUAUUUAACUUUUUUUUAGUAAAAUAGCGAAGGAAGCAGAGCAGUUUCUUAUGACUGGUAUGUUUAUUAUUAUUAAAAUGAAAAUGCACAGUCCAUUCCAAUGGGGGGAAAAUAAUGGAAUAUUUCACUGUUGAGGCCCUAUCUGAGUUAGAUCAUGCAUUAUUGUCUUAGCCAUGCAUAUUUCUCUUUCUUUGAACUAAAAUUGAAGAGACAGCAAGCUAGUCCACUUCACUGUUGCACAUUUGAAAUGUCCAUCAAGUUUAUAACAAAGCUUAAAAUUAAUAAAGGUCUAAGCUCUGCUUGGCUUAUUAAAGUCUGGUGCUUAUAUAAAUUGUUCUCCGACUUCUUCCAAGGAUCUGCUUGGGUUAUUAAAAACUGUGACUUUCAUCAUUAAUUCUCAGAUUUGUACAGAAACAUUAAGCAGUUUCUUUUCUAAGAGUAGACCUCAGAAGGAGUCAUCCUAUUUUGGGGACUCAUUGAUAAGUCAUAAUUUGCUAUCCAUUAAUUUCAAUAGCUCUGUUUGUAAGUAUGAUUAAGUCUGAAUAUGGCCUAACGUUUCUUCUAAUUUUGGAGGAGCUUCUGGCUUUCUUUGUUCACAAAGAAAUAUUUUCCUUUUCUAUGGUUUAUGCCUUUGUACUUCUUGUCAAGUUACUCUGAAUUUUGCAAAAACAUAAUAUUGCUUAUAAUUGUUCAUCAGAGCUUGGGAAAAAAUGAGAUUGUUUUUCCUUCCUUAGCUGAACAUUAGUGACCCUUAAUUUAAUUACUUGUACCUGAAGAAUAAUUUCUGGAACAAAGUGCUAGCACACAUAAGACAUAAGGUAAUAUAAACAUGACCUACUAGAUAUUAUUUUCCAAAUUAUGAAGACUACUAGUUGAGUUCAGCAUUUUAAAACAUGCCCAUGACUAUAUUGGAUUUGCAGGAGUGCAUUUCAGCUUCAUAAACAGACCUGUCAGUGUAAAAUUUAGGAUUAUAGGAGUGCUGCUUCCUACAAACUAAGCUCACCCUAAUUAAUUAAAAUUAGGAAAAUGGCAUACUUUUUAUCUAAAAGGAAUACUGCCUGAACAAUAUGUGGGGAUUAAUUUUUGUUUUGCAAACUUAUUAUAUGAUAUUUAAUUUUACAGAUUUUUCUUUGCUUAUCUAGUAAAUCUUAUGUAUUAGUUUAAAUAGGGGGCUAUAAUGCACUGUCAUCAAUAAAUGUGUAUUUCUUGUCUGCCUCA